GCCCCAAUGAUAUCAAUGAAUACGUCUUCUCCUAAACUUCGCGAAAGCUUUCGUCUUAGCCGCUCCGCAAGAGCGCCUUCACAUUUUCUUGAGAAUGCGCUAUCAGACAAGCCAGUGGGCGCUGCUAGUAAAUUGCGUUAUAGAUUUUUGCUCUGCGCAAUCCCGCGCCUGCCGAGGAAACACAGUUACUUGCUUCGUUCAUACGCUGCAUUCGCUCUCGCGCCCUGGGGAGAAGAUCACGUAUAGAGGAAGCUAUAAGCAAUCCGUCAUAAUGAUUAGCUUAGCGUAAAUCGCGCUGUAGCGCAAGCGCACAGGAUUGCGCCAUUUUUUCAACUUCAUGGGAGCUCCGUAUGCUGAGCGACAGCGCAGCUGACUGGAAGCUGGCGCUGGCGCUGCUGCAGCACCGGGGCAACCCGCUGCAGGCCAUUAGCUGGUCCAACGUGGCGGGCCUGUGCCACCUGGCCGACAAGUACGACAUGCCCGCCGUACGAAACUACUGCGCCUGGUUCCUAACCGCCAACGUAUACGCCAUGAGCCUGACGGCGCCGCUGGCCUCGCCCCAGAACCUGCUGCACGCCGCCUCCCUGUUGGAGCGCUACUUCAAACAGGCUACUGCCGGGGCGGCGGGGAGCGGUGCUACUGCCGGGGCGGCGGGGAGCGGUGCUACUGCCGGGGCGGCGGGGAGCGGUGCUACUGCCGGGGCUGGGGGGAGUGGCGCUGGCGAUGGCGGUGGCAGCGGCACGGGUGGUGGUGGUGGUGGUCUUGGCGGCUUGCAGGCUGGCGUCGGCUGCCUUCGUGCCGGCGGCGGCGGCGGCGGCGGCGUGCCGCAACACGUCGCGCCCAUCUGCAUGGCUCUGGCGACAGCGCUGCGGCCGCUGACAGGGCUGUCACUGGCGCCGCAGCCGCAGCCACAGCCGCAGCCGCUGGGGGGGCUGCUGAGCACUCUGAGGGGGCUGACGGCGCAUCCGGCCUACUGCGAGGUCGUAGCGCCUGGCGUGCAGGCCCAGGUGGUGUCGGCGCUGACGGCGGGUUUGGACCAAAUGCUGACGGCGGCCACCCAGCCGUGCAGGGGCUGCGGCAGCAACCCGCUCAAUGGCAAGCGGUGAUGGCAGCGGUGAUGGCAGCGGUGAUGGCAGCGGUGCAGCGGUAGUGACUUGGGGGUAGCGGGCUUUGAGGCGUGCCGUGAGGGCUGAGGGCAAGGGAAGUUCGGGGUGUGGCCGCAUUCGCAGUUUUGGCGUGUGCAAUGCCGCGGUUGUGGCACCUGGUGUGCGGGGUAGGUGGGGGCUUGUGCUGGCGUGUUGACAUGAAGGGACACAUGGUGACCAUGUGUUGCCAUGUGGCCAUGUGAACGGGAUUGCCUGAAGUGGGGUAAGCGGCAGGGUGGCCGUGACUGCAAACGGUCGCGGGCAGCGAUUGAAGGGGUGGGUGACAUGUGUUGCCAUGUAUUGAUGAGACAAUGGGGUUGCUAGCGCGAUGAAGGGCGAGGUAUAAAGCAGGUGUCGUGUCCUGGCGCGUGAGCGUGCGUGCCGUGUCACACCCGACCAGUGGGUCCUUUUCAUCGCCAUGAAGUUGAAGUGUGUGUGCUGUACUGUCGCGAUGCUCUACUGCAGUACCACCUACACGUUACUGGUGAGCAGAUAGGAAUGGCGCACUUCAGAAGCCG